AUGUCUCUACCCCAAUCACCCACCGUUGAUUCUCUCCAUCAGCAGCGCUCCUCCACCGUUGAUCACCGUGUCUCUUCCAAACGCAAGCUAGACGAUGUCGAUGACAACGAUGCCGUUUUCUCUGACUUAAUCUCCGUCAGGAUGCGUAAAAACGACACCGAAUCAUCCACCGGCCACAAUCAACAACAACCUCCCUCAAUCUCCUCCACCAAUCAGCUCUCCACACGUGUCUCCGACGCAUCCACCUCAUCAUCGUCCACCAAUUUCCCCUCCUCCUCCUCCGCCCUGGGGACCACACCCUCGCCGCUGCGGCGGUCACAAUCAGGACUUCAAUUCUUUAUCAGGAUGAUCUCAGACGGAACUCACAUUGUGAUCAACGCGAAUUCGAGCGAUUCUGUCAAAUCACUCCAUGAACGGAUUCGCGUGAUAACCGGAAUUCCGGUUAUUGAGCAAAGAUUAAUCUACAAAGGUAAGCAAUUGCAAUAUGAAAACAAACUCUCCGAUUACUCUAUCGAAAAUGAUUCGAUUCUUCAUUUAGUCGGCCGGAUGCGUAGCACUAGGCAUCCUCGUACUUUUCAAUUGAUUAAUGAUAUGGUUUCUUACAUUUGUCGAAUUUGUAAGUCCAUUUUCCCUUGUGGUGUUCAUUCUUACGCUUUAAAACAUAUAAAGGAGUUGAUGAAUGAGUUCUUUAGUUUGACGCCCAAGGAUGAUAAUGAGGAUGCUUCGGGACAUUUGAAUGUUUUCUUAUCAAACAGUGCUCCAGCUGCAUUAGUUACGCUGUAUGUUUCGAGUAUUAAAGAGAAUAAGGAGUGUGCGGAGGGUGCAAUUAUACAUUUUUUGGAUUCGUGUAAGAAUUCAUUACCUAAGAAUUUGCAUUUACAGUGUGUGCCGAUUGUGAUGGAGUUUUGUAAUUUGUUGAGGAAGGUUGGGAGUGAUGAUCCAUUGUAUGCCGAUUGUAGGAGUUGUCUUGGUUCGUUGUUGGAGAAUGGUGGGGGUACUUGUGGGUGGAGGUAUCGUGGAGGGGAGGAGGGGAAGGGAGUUGUUGUUAUGCAGGAGAUUUUUCCAUUUGUUAUUGAGUUGGGGAAAAAGUUGCUUAAAGAGUUGAUUAAGAGUAUGGUGGGGAUUGUGGGGCCGUCGGUGGCUGAUGUUAAGGAUUUUUCGGCGUUUUUGAUACCAUUGCAUUGUGUGAUUUCAGAGCAAGGGGGAUUUAGGGGUCCUAUUUCGAUGCCGUUGAACAAGAGGGCGUUUAAUUAUCCAUUGUAUGCAAAGGAGAUUGAGCAGCUUCAUGUGAUAUUUAUUGAUUUGCUGAAUAUCAUGGAGAAAUGUCUUGAGAAAAUGCAGGAUUCUUCAAAUUUGAAUACGACCGGAGAAGGUGAGUUGAAUCAUACCGGUUGGUCUCAAUAUUUGGCUAUUUUGAAGGAGUUGAAUAACAUUGCUAAACUUUACAAGGGUGCUGAGGAAAGGUUUUGGACGGUUUUGAGGCUUAGAAAGGCUUCCUUGUGUGUGCUGAUUGUUAGAUAUGCAAAACGAACUGAAGAUCAUCAGUGGCUUCUUCGGCAGAAGGAUGUGACUGAUUUUGAGUCUAGGAGGCAUUUGGCUAUGAUGAUGUUCCCUGAGGUGAAAGAAGAUUAUGAGGAGCUGCAUGAGAUGCUCAUUGAUCGAUCACAAUUGUUGGCAGAGUCAUUUGAGUACAUAGUGCAUGCUGACUCAGAGGCACUACAUGGUGGUCUAUUUAUGGAAUUUAAAAACGAGGAAGCUACUGGUCCUGGGGUAUUGCGGGAGUGGUUUUUCUUGGUUACACAAGCUAUAUUUGAUCCUCAAAAUGCUCUUUUUGUGGCAUGCCCAAGUGACCGCAGAAGGUUCUAUCCUAAUCCCGGUAAGCUUCUGCUGCCUUUUUAA